AUGGCCUCCAAAGACCAGGGCUCCGGCCCCAACAAACCUCCCGCCGACGAUGACGGCUUCCCGAAACCUCAGUUCCCCGGACGCUCCGACAGGCCAGGCCCGCCGAGCAUCAUCUCCUCGCGUAUGACCGAUAUCGCGUCCGACGACGGUGGGGAAGCCGCCACCCAGCAGACUCUUUCCGAGAACCCGCGCAGGAAAAGCGGCAUGGCCUCCGAGACUGUGUCGCGGCCAGGAACGGCAAAGACAGGCAUGUCUGGAUCCAGGGAAGGCUGGCGACGAGGGCCUCCUCCGCGACUGAACUACAUCACGAGUCUGCACGAGAAGAGGGGGAGUAUUGGCGGGGGCAGUACUGCCGGCUCUGUCAACACUCGGCCGCCCAGUUCUGCCAGCCGCAGCCAUGUCCCAUCUCUCACGUCUUCGGCCUUUUUUCGUCCCAUGAGUUCCCAGAAACUGCAGGCCCAGCGCGGCGGCGCAUCUCGCCCCUCAACCCAAAACCGACAACAACCGACUCUGGAGGAUGCCGAGCCUGCGGAACCGAGUCCUGCGGCCGCGGCUGCUGUGGCCAGUGGCGGACCGAAUGCUCGACACAGCGUCAUCUCAAACCCGGUUUCGAACCCCGUUGCUCGCCUUCAGAGGCAGCUCAGCGGUGACGGCGAAGGAAGGCCACCUCCAUCUCGAGGAACUGAAUACACCGACCAGGGAACCUACGACAGAAUAACCGCCAACACCAGCCCGACACACGGCCAUUACCCAGCAGGCAGCAUGUCUGAAAGCGUCACCCCGAUAUACCGCCAACAGCGCAAUAGCCGAAACCUCAGCGUGAAUGUGGACAGACGGUUCAGGGAUCGAGGCAAUCAGAGCCCCGCCAAGUCACCGCGAUCCUUCCGCUCAAGCUUCUUGCUGCCGGGGAGAAGCGACGGCGAGCAGAACAAGUCCAACCGAAGCUUGCCGGGUGCCGAGAAGCUUUCUUCAAAUGCGUCGACCCCGCGACUGAACCCGGUGGACUCCUCGAGACCCGCAGACAAGAACAACUUGAGGAAGUCCAAAACCAACCUGGGCUACGUCUUUGAAUAUUUUGAAGGAAACACUGUCUUCUGUCUCGGUGGUCGUUUCCAAAACACCAAGCAUAGGCCAGUGAACGUCGCCACGGGGCUGUUCAUCAUCAUUCCUGCUGUGCUCUUCUUCAUCUUCUCUGCACCAUGGAUAUGGCAUAACAUUAGCCCUGCCAUACCCAUAACGUUUGCAUACCUCUUCUACAUCUGCAUCUCCUCCUUCCUCCAUGCGUCUGUUUCUGACCCUGGUAUUCUUCCUCGUAAUCUUCACGUUUUCCCUCCUCUGGAACCCACCGAAGACCCCCUCCGACUAGGCCCUCCGACAAACGACUGGACUCUCAUCAAGUCCGCCGAGUCCUCCACAGCAGCCAUGGAGGUUCCCGUCAAGCACUGCCGAACGUGCAACAUCUGGCGACCUCCUCGCGCUCACCACUGCCGUCUCUGCGACAACUGCAUCGAGACCCACGACCACCACUGCGUCUGGCUCAAUAACUGCGUUGGCCGACGUAACUACCGAUAUUUCUUUGCCUUCGUGUCAUCCGCCACAUUCCUCUCGCUCUACCUUAUGGGUGCCUCUCUGGCCCAAAUCCUCAUCCACAUGAACCUUUCCGGCAUUUCCUUUGGCCAAUCCAUCAACGACUUCCGCGUCCCGUUUGCGAUGGUUAUCUACGGUUUCAUUUCGUUCCUGUACCCGGCCGCCCUAAUGGGCUACCACAUCUUCUUGAUGGCGCGAGGCGAGACGACUAGAGAGUAUAUCAACUCCCACAAGUUCAUCAAGAAGGAGCGCUUCCGGGCCUUCACCCAAGGCAGCAUGCUCAAGAACUGGAUCGUUGUUCUCUGCCGACCUCGGCCACCUACCUACUACCAAUUCAAGAAGCGGUACAACUCUGGCGACCAGCGUCUCGGUGCCUACAGGGAGCAACCCAAGGGCGACUCCCAGGGCAUGGAGAUGCACAGCGUGAAGCCAGCGUCCGGGUUCCAAGGCCCCGUUUCUUUACGCAACGAAGCAAACACUGCUACGACAUAA